CCGCGCCGUGAUUGGCCGCGCGCCGGCCGCGGCUGAGGCCCGGCGCCGGGCGGGGAGGACAGGCGGAGCCCCGGCCGCCGAGCCGGGAAGAUGCUGCUGUCCCUGGUGCUCCACAUGUACUCCAUGCGCUACCUGCUGCCGAGCGUCGUGCUCCUGGGCUCUGCGCCCACCUACGUGCUGGCCUGGGGGGUCUGGCGGCUGCUGUCCGCCCUCCUGCCAGCCCGCAUCUACCAGGCGGUGGACGACCGGCUGUACUGGGUCUACCAGAGCACGGUGCUCUUCUUCUUCGAGAACUACACCGGGGUGCAGAUAUUGCUAUAUGGAGAUUUGCCAAAAAAUAAAGAAAAUAUAAUAUAUUUAGCAAAUCAUCAAAGCACAGUUGACUGGGUUGUUGCUGAUAUUCUGGCCAUCCGGCAGAAUGCUCUCGGACACGUGCGCUACGUGCUGAAGGAUAGGCUCAAGUGGCUUCCAUUAUAUGGGUGUUACUUUUCUCAGCAUGGAGGGAUCUAUGUGAAGCGAAGUGCCAAAUUUAACGAAAGAGACAUGAGGAGGAAGCUGCGGAGUUACGUGGACGCGGGGACCCCAAUGUAUCUUGUGAUUUUUCCAGAGGGAACAAGGUAUAAUCCAGGACAGACAAAGCUCCUUUCGGCUAGCCAGACAUUUGCUGUUCAACAAGGUAUAUAUCCAAAGGACUUAAAAUCAGCAUACUACAGUGACACAGCCACAUCAAUGUUUAUAGCAGCUCAAUUCACAAUAGGCCUUCCAGUAUUAAAGUAUGUGCUGACACCAAGAAUAAAGGCAACUUAUGUUGCUUUUGAUUCUAUGAAGAACUACUUAGAUGCGAUUUAUGAUGUUACAGUGGUUUACCAAGGGAAAGACAAUAAAGGAGAGCGAGAAGAGUCACCGUCCAUGACGGAAUUUCUCUGCAAAGAAUGUCCAACAAUUCAUAUUCACAUAGCUCGUAUAGACAAGAAAGAUGUCCCAGAAGAACAAGAGUAUAUGAGAAGAUGGCUUCAUGAGCGUUUUGAGAUAAAAGAUAAGUUGCUCAUAGAAUUCUUUGAUUCACCGGAUCCAGAAAGAAGAAACAAAUUUCCUGGGAAAUGUGUUCAUUCCAAACUAAGUCUCAAGAAGACCUUGCCAUCACUGUUGAUCCUCAGUGGACUGACUGCUGGCAUGCUGACCACGGAGGCGGGAAGGAAACUGUAUGUGAACACGUGGCUCUACGGGACCCUGCUGGGCUGCCUGUGGGUCACCAUCAGAGCAUGAGCAGGGGGCACCCCAGCCACAAAUGUGCUGCCUUGCCUCUCGCCGUUGUGGCUGCCUAGUACGUCAACUUGUUUCCUGAGUUUAGUAAGAAGUGUAAAUAAAGCCUUGUUGAUUGAACAUUGGAUAAGAUAGAGUUUGUGACUAAAGCCGAUAAGCAGAUGAUCUUGGGCAAACAUAAGGUGGUUUUUCAACGUUAUUGCAGGAGCUGCUGGAAAGGUAAAAGCCAAGUGGAGCUUAUGCUAUUCUUUACACCUCCCACGAGCUAACGUCAGCUUCCGAAGAUUAUUAGCAUUGUAUAAUUUGAUGUCGUUUUGUAAUUUAGAGGGCUGUAUUUUUUAACAUUAAUUUGCAGCAUAUUUCACUCUAUUUGUUAUUUUCAGUUUUUUUUUACAACCUGACAACUCCAAACUCAUCACUGUUUAGUAUCUUGAAGCUAGCAAUAUUUGGCUUUUUCUUACUUUGUGCAAGCCCAUGAAAGAAACUGAAUUUAAGUAUGAAUACGUUCAAGGAAAAGGGCAAGAAAUGUUCAUGGGGAAAGAAAUUCUGUUCAGUGUUUUUUUUUUGUAUUGCGAUAUUAGCUGAUUUUACUUUGUAUUUGAAAAAUAAUUAACAUUUCUAAUAUUUAUUCAAAACACUUAAUUUGCAUACCCUAUACUCUGCACAAGAGAAUAGUGUAUCAAAUGUCAGAAUGAACUUUAAGUUAAAUUUGCAACUGAUUCAUUACAACAGAACUUGAAUUUGCCCAGCUUUUGAAGAUUUAAGCUACGCUAUUAGUACUUCCCAACAUCUGUGCCAUAAGUGCUUGAAAACAAAAUUGUUUCCUGUUAUUUUUUAUAUCAGAGUAAUUACUGUGAACCUUUGUCUGGAUCUGGAGUCCCCAGGUCUUUGAGGUGGUCGGAGCCCACAAACAUCACGACUCCAUUGCUAGCAUGUGCCUUUGGCCUCUUUUCUCUUUGAUCUAGCCAACUGUUUGAUUCAGAAACCAUCUUUCUGCUAUCAUGGUAGCUGCACUGGGCCCUUCCUUCCUCCCGGACCCCUUCCUCCAGUGGUGCUGCUCCUAGCUUGCACAGUAGACCAGCAGUGAAGAGUGGCCGGCCAGCGGGCCUGGCUUGGAGUGGAACUCACCAGGCACUCCGAGCAAGCUUCCCAGACUUCUGCAGAGGCAUCUCGCACUUGUUCAGUGUCAAGAAAUUCACCUUCCUCACAUCAUUCAUCAGGACUGAGUAGAUUUGGUUCUUUCCAUUGGUUUAAAUGGAGCUACAAAGUGAGAAUAAGAGCUACUACGUUCCAGGAACCAAAUCACAGCUUUCAGUCAUGGAAGAAGACCUUUUUAAAGGUCUGUUUUUAUGCUCUGUUUUUAUGUUAUAAUUUAAAUACAACUGCUUUCUGGUGUUUUAAGAUAACAAUUCUGCUUUCUGUUGGUCAGUUUUUGUUGCAAAAUCAUUUUGUGACCCAGAUGAAACACACCAAUUGAAUUAUAAAAAGCAAAAUGGAGGGAAAAAAAUCGAGGGAAAUUUUCUCUGACUAUCUUCCGUUACUUUUCCAAAACCAGAGAAUAAGCCAUUUCAAACAAUACCUUUGAAGAGUAGUGUGGUGUGAAUCAGUCUCUGUCCGUUAGUAUGUGUAUGUGUACAACAUUCAUAUACCUAUCUUCCCGCAGAAUACGGUCAGCCUGACUAUGAGUGGAGGCUUGGAUCAGACUCAUGAAAAGUGUCCUCAUGCUGAAUUGCCGUUUUCUUUUACAUGUAAAGUGAAAUUUAGAUCAAUUCCAUGUCUCUGUUAAAUACUUUUUUUUUUAAGUCCUAAUUUUAGAGCUUGUUUCUGACAAAUCAAAAUGAAUUUAAGUUGUGGAACUUGGAAUAUCAUGGAUAUGCUUCUAUUUAAAUUUUAAGAGAAAAUAUUAUUGGAAUUAUGUGGAUUACAAAUGAUUUUAACAAGAAAGGUGACCUUCAUGAGGUCACUUUUGAAUAAGGUGUUUCUUAGGACUGUAUUUAACUUUCUUAUCACAAAAGGUCAAUAAAACAUGGGAGUUGGAAACAUUUUUGUAUCAAAACAUUUGAGAAGUCAGAAACUUAACACAUGUUGAUGUUGACUUGAAUUAACUGUUUUCUAAAAUUAAAAGCUAUAUGCCUACCUGUAAAUCGUUUCACAUUAUCAUUUUAAGCUUUCGUUGUAUUAUUGUUGAUUUACAGCUUACUUAUGACUUGGUUUUUCUUUAUAAGAAUUUCAUCAUUGUGCAUGCUUUUAUGUUUUUCAGCAAAGGGUGUGUUUGGAUGAAAGUAAAAAAUAAAAUAAAACCUU